AUGCUGUCUUUCAUCCGCGUCCUGAUUGCGGCCACAGCUGCGGUGGGCGUGCUUGCAGCGCCCAUAGACGACCCCGUAGAUAUCCACUUGAGCAGGCGGUCCAACACAGCCAACAGCAAAGGCACCAACAAUGGGUACUAUUAUCAGUUCUGGGACGACGGCGCGAGCGGCUCCACUACCUACACCAACAAGGGCAGUGGCGAGUAUUCUGUACAAUGGUCCAACCCGAACGAUUUCACUGCUGGUAAGGGCUGGCAGCAAGCACAGCCUCGCAACAUCACCUUUACCGGCACCAUGAAUGUUCAAGGUAACUUUUACUUGGCUGUCUACACCUGGUCGGGUCAGGGAGAGAACUAUAUCCUUGAGAACUAUGGCACCUACAAUCCCUGCGUCAAGGGCAAGACAGUCGCUACCAUUAACAGUGACGGUAGCGACUACCAGGUCUGCCUUGUCGAUCGAGGUAACAACUAUCUCCAGAACUGGUCAAUUCGCAAGAACAAGAGGACCAGCGGCACCGUCACGACAGCUAACCACUACAAUGCCUAUGCUGCUCAUGGCUUGAAUCACAACCCGCUGAGUGCUGCUCAAUACCAGAUUGUGUCCACUGAGGGUUUCUACGACGUUGACAACAACAUCCGCACAUGA